CUUUAUUUACACUUCUAGUUAUUCUUCGAAACCCAGUCUAAAUCAAUAUCCACACGAAAGCCAGCAAACAAAUCCAAAAUGUUGCCAGCAACUGAUAACCAUCCAUUCCUAAAAUACUCAGACGACGACCCAACAAUAGACGAGGCCAACUGUUCCUACCAAUAUGGUAGGGAUCGUACUGAAUUCUUCAAGCACCGCUGGAGCUCAAUGUCCCCUCUCUUGUCCCAUUCCCUCGUCUUCAUCCUCAGCUCCUUUCUCUGGAUCCUAGUCAUCAUCUUCACCACACCCAGCUGUUCUGCAAACCACCCAACUCCUAGCCAGCCAGCCACCAAUUCACCCUCAACCCCCCACAACCUAACCACCCACGCCCACCUUACCACCUGCGGCAACUCGACCGCAGAAGCCCGCGCCGCUGGCUGCAAAUACGACAUCCUAAUCAACAAUUGGGUUCACCCCGCGUGCAUCGACCAAGAGUCCAUCGAUGAAUACCAGGAAGACGGGACGUGGCAGGGGUACACGGACUUGAACCGUACGCAACAGCUGCCGAGCAUCGAGGCCAUGUCCGAGGUGGACUUUUACUACACGUCCACGCGGGAUCACAUUGUUCACUGUAACAUGUUGUGGCGGAAGCAAUUCAAGGCGUUUUUUGACGAGAAGAGCUUUGAUGCCGUCAUUGGGAGUUUUGGGCAUACGGAGCAUUGCUCGCAGUUUCUGAUUGAUGUCACCGAUAAGUAUGCGGAGCUUUGGGAGGAGCCGAUUAGGACUGAGGUGGGGUUUUCGGGGUGUUGGGUUAGAGAUUGAAGAUUUCAAUAGAGAGUUGCGGAGGUGAAUUUACGUACAUAGUGGAGAUCGUUUUGUUUUUCUUCGUGUCUGGAUGUGAGCGAGUGACAAUUAAUCCAUUAUUCACACCUGACUCUAACCAACUCUGCUCCAUGAAAUUUGUCUUUCAAUAUGCACCAAAGGGUACAUAUAAAACGGGUCGCAUUCAGGUGGGUAUACAUCCGACGUAAAAAGGUUGCCAUGAACGAAUACGUAAUUAAUGGCAGUAGCCAUGCACUAUAUUGAAAGGCGUAGGUAUUUACG